UCUCCAUCACGAUCGCCACCUGGCAGUUACCGCCAACCACAACUCCCCUAAAUUUUGACGGCGGGAACUGACGAGCAGCCAGACGGGAGCCGGAGUGCAGCGCACCACCAAACCGCGGAGCAAACCGCUCGACGAGAAGAUUUCACUGAACCGCUCCUGGUUUAGAUUCUCGCCAAUGCGGCGGCCAUAACCCUCAGACCGCCCGCACCUUCCCCUCCGAACAGCGCGGGUUAACACGCACAAAUACACUCACAAUGCCACCGACACUCCCGAUGCAGACCUCCUGCCUCCGGGCAUCAGCUUCGAGACCAACAGCAGCCGCUGCGCUCCCGCGCAUCCUCGGCACGGCAACAGCAACAACAACACACCUACCGCCAGCAACAACACCGACACGAUCCUUUACGACGACCCGCUCAGCGCUCUACAAGCAGCCGCGCGUGCCGGGCUCCGACAUACCAAUCCCGUCCGUGACGGCGCCGCACCCGGAGAUCCCGCCGUACCCGUACGGCCCGCGGCCGUUCUACCACCAGAGCAACACGGGCCUGUACGGGACGGCGCGGAUCCGCUUCGGCAACCACGUGUCGGAGGAGCACAACACCAAGGCGCGGCGCAAGUGGCGGCCGAACGUGCAGCGCAAGGGCCUGUGGUCGGCGUCGCUGGGCGUGUUCGUGCGCACGCGCGUGACCACCCGCGUGCUGCGCACCAUCGACAAGGCCGGCGGGCUCGACGAGUACCUGCUCGGCCGCACGCCGCAGCGCGUCAAGGACCUGGGGCCCUGGGGCUGGCGACUGCGCUGGCGCAUCAUGCAGACCCCCGCCGUGCGCGCCCGCUUCGCCGCCGAGCGCGCCGCCCUGGGCCUGCCCCCCAAGGAGGACGCCGAGCUGCGCGCCGAGGCGGAGGCCUCCCUGCCCGAGGGCGCCGCCUCGGCUGAUGGGCUGAUGGCCGAGACGGAUAGGAUGCUGGAGGAAGGCGCCGAGUUCGAGCUGGGCGGCGAGGCUGACGGCGCGCAGGACGGCUUCAUGAGGGAAGAGAAGGCGAAGUCAUGAGGACCGGCCGAGGAGGGAACGACUAGGCGGCCAUGGGCUGGGCGGUGUCGAAAAGAGCUGUACUAUAUCAUGUGUGUAUACCUACCUCUUUGAUGCGUAGACCAGCUGCAACGUUCCGUGGAUAGGCUCAUCACACGUCUGAUGGCCCAACUAUCGUGUGAAGCGAGAAAAAAGCGAGCCGAUUACUCGCCGU